AAGAUUAGUUUGAUGGCUAACUCAACAAUAUAGCUGGGCUAAGAGUUGUUUAGCUAAUCCAGCUAGCCAUCUAUCUUGCUUAAUUUCGCGUCAGCAGUAAUAACCAGCAUAAAAUUUGAUAUAACUUGUUUCGCAGCGACAUCCAGAGUAGACUGCUGCGAGUUAUGAUGAGGACAUGAACCGUGGAAACAUAGCCAAGAUGUGAAAGGUCUUAAGUUUCUCUUACUGUUGACCAGACAGGGAUCAAAGAUACACAGCUGAAAAGACCUUCUUGCAAUAUCAGCAAGAGACUGACACAAUGGCAAAAGAUGCUGGGCUAAAAGAGAGCAGUAGAGAGCUGAAGGUUUUCAACACUCAGAACGUCAGUCCUGGAAAAGGUACUGCUAUCCUGUCACUCGUCAACAUCCAUCCCUCCAUUACCGGAGUCAAACAGAUAAUGCCCAAAACGCUGGCUACCACAAGCGUGAACGUAGUGCCACACAUGGUGAUUGGUACUCCUCAGAGACCGACUGCCCCUGGCAGCACCGUCCUGCUCACCAGCCCCCGGACUCCGAGUGCUCAGUUCCUCACUCCGCAAUCACAGCCCCCGGAGUCUUCACCUUGGUCCACGGGUCGCAGUAGAAAAGGGGACAAGAAUGGAAAAGGCUUGAGGCAUUUCUCCAUGAAGGUGUGUGAGAAGGUCCAGAAGAAAGGCAUCACCUCCUAUAAUGAGGUAGCAGACGAGCUGGUGGCAGAGCUGAGUUCUACCGACAACGUCUCUCCCAACGACUCGCAUGUUUACGAUCAGAAAAACAUCCGGAGACGUGUGUAUGAUGCACUGAACGUCCUAAUGGCCAUGAACAUUAUCUCCAAAGACAAAAAGGAGAUCAAAUGGAUAGGCUUCCCCACCAACUCUGCUCAGGAAUGCAAGGACCUGGAGGCCGAGCGCCAGAAGAGAAUUGAGAGAAUCAAGCAGAAGCAGGCUCAGCUUCAAGAGCUUAUCCUACAGCAAAUAGCAUUUAAGAGGUUGGUGCAGAGGAAUCGAGAGGCAGAGAAGAAGAACCAUAGAUCUCCUCCACCCAACACAGUCAUACACCUCCCCUUCAUCAUCAUUAAUACCAGCAAGAGGACCAUCAUUGAUUGUAGUAUCUCCAAUGACAAGUUUGAGUACCUCUUCAAUUUUGACAACAUGUUUGAGAUCCAUGAUGACAUUGAGGUGCUGAAGCGCUUGGGCAUGGCAUUUGGCCUGGAGGCUGGCAGAUGUUCCCCAGAACAUCUGAAGAUUGCACGCACCCUAGUCCCCAAAGCCCUGGAAGCCUACGUGAUUGAAAUGGCACAGGGAUCCUUGAAUGAGACUAAUGGAGGCUAUUCUCGUACAACCAGUGAUAAUGGUGCUGCUUCUGCUGCCAUGGGCUCCAAUUCCACCAGCUCUCGUGACACACCCGCGUCCUUCCUGGACGAUGACGAGGAGGAGGAGGAGGAUGAGGAGGAGGAGGAAGAGGACUUUGAUGAGAAUGAUGAUGAAGAUUAGCAUCUGGGCCACAUUUUUCUUGACUUGCUUCCAACAUGAUGGGGCUUGGGCAGAGCCAAAACGUCUCUGAUCUUUCUGUUGGGGCCUCCGGAACCCUACUUAUUGUAUACCCAAGCUCAGUGAGUUACCAUCCACUGUGAACAGUCUUCACAGCAACAUGUGGCUGCUUUGUGCAGGACCACAGUGGUACUUAAAUGAAAUAGGUAUUUCUGCUACCUUCCUGUUAUUGUCACCAAAUUUUCACGCUCUGUUCUUCUGUUUUAAAGCUAUGUUCCUUAACAGCGUAAUGCUGUUUUGAUCCUUUUGUCGGCAGGGAUGAUUGUUUGUACAGGUCACUUGUAUUCUCCAAAGAUUCACAGAUGUAUAAUAAUGUGAUCUGACUCACCACAUGGACUUUAUUACCCCUUAAUCUGAUAUGUCAGAAUUUUGUACCUUUGCUUCACUUUGAUACAGGCAACUAUUUUGAAUAACCUGGGUGGUUUUUAGAAAGACUGCAGCAGAAUACACUUCACCCGGGGUGAAAUUUGUAAGGUUUAUUUUAUUUUUCUUAUAGACAGCAUGUAUAAUUAAGGAAUUAAUUUGGAAAUGACAAGAUUCUUUCUACAUUUUCUAUAACUCAGCAGAACAAGUGUGCUACAGAAAAUACAAUUCUUAUAUGGGCUGAGAAGAAAUUUGUUUUAAAAAUGGUAUUGUAGACUUCUGUAUUCUUAUAUUAGGAAGACCUUUCUUUAAAAAAUGUAUUUUUACUAUGAUGGAGUUUAAGCUUCAGAUGUUUCUCAAUGAAAGAUUGGCUAAUGUAUAUCUUUAUUGCAAGCGUUUUGUUUAGCAUGUACAUUUUAAAUACAUUUUUAAAUGAACACAAUACAUUUUUGAGUGAUGCAUCCAGGUUUGUUCCCAGUGCUCAAGGUCAUUCUUUCUACACUGGGAUUUACAGAACAAGAUUAAGAAUCUUGAUGUUUAAAUGUCACACACACAAAAAAAAGACUAAACCCCAAGUAU